GGUGUUAGAACCACUGAUUCAACUGGAAGGCUGGAUAUUUGAGUGGUGCUCUAGGGUGGCUUUGCUGCUUCUUGCUGUCAUCCUCAGAUACAAGGGUCAGGGCAUGAUGGCAUUUCUGUUCCUAUUGCUUACACUAAUAGUGAUCCCCUCCAGCACAUUAGCAGCUCCCAAAGUGAAAAGGCAAAAUGACUUUUGGGGAAGCUGGGGAGAGUGGAGGGAGUGCAGCCGGAGCUGUGGUGGAGGAGUCAGUAUUCGGCAGCGGCGUUGCUACUCACAAAGGACAGAUGGUGGGUCGAGUUGUAUAGGACCAUCCCGAAGCUAUCGAUCAUGCAAUGUUCAGAACUGUCCUGAAGGCUCGAGAGAUUUUCGAGGAGAGCAAUGUGCAGAGUUUGAUGGCACAGAAUUUCAAGGAAAGAGAUACAAAUGGCUCCCUUACUAUGGAGCUCCUAAUAAGUGUGAACUAAACUGUAUCCCAAAGGGAGAGAACUUCUACUAUAGGCAUAAGGAAUUUGUGACAGAUGGAACAACCUGUGAGCCCGGAAAGCAUGACAUCUGUGUUGAGGGAAUCUGUCAAGCUGUUGGCUGUGAUAACAUGCUGGAUUCUUUCAAGAAAGAAGACAAAUGCCUGCAAUGUGGAGGAGAUGGCAGAGCAUGUUUUGAAGUGAAGGGCCUCUUUGAUGUGCCCAGCCUCCCUAAAGGUUACAAUCAAAUCUUCAUCAUUCCUAUGGGAGCCAUGAGUAUCCACAUUAAGGAAGCAACGCCUACCAGGAACUUUUUGGCCAUCAAGAAUGUGCAAGGAACAUACUAUCUGAAUGGGCAUUGGACAAUCAACUUCAGCCAGGCUUUACAUAUUGCUAGCACAGUGGUGCAUUAUGACCGGGGCUCUGAGGGUGAUCUGGCCCCUGAGCUGCUUCAUGCCAGGGGUCCCACCACUGAGCCCUUGGUCAUUGAACUUAUCAGCCAGGAGCCAAACCAAGGCGUGCAUUAUGAAUACUACCUGCCAUUCCAAAGGCAGAACUCAGGCUACAGCUGGGGGUAUGGCUCCUGGAGUGAAUGCAGUGUGGAGUGUGGUGGAGGUUAUCAGUCACGUCUCGUUUUUUGCACCUUUGACAACGAAGCAUACCCUGACUACAUGUGUAGAGAGAAACCACAGCCGGAAAAUAAUCGGACCUGUGGCCUUCAGUCAUGCCCCCAGACAAAACGGAUAUCUUAUCAGUAUCUGCCGGGAGCAUGGAGCCGCAGCACAGUACGAAGCUUGCAAGUGAAGAGAUGGAAGACUGGGGAUUGGGGAAUUUGCUCCGCAACCUGUGGAGGAGGCACACAAAUCCGUUCUGUUUACUGUGUUUCCUAUGAUGGACAUGGUUCUCAGGAUGUAGUGGAUGAUGCUGAGUGUGCAUCCUUAACAGAGAGCCCACGCAGUGCACAGCCUUGCAACAUGAGACAGUGUGCGACAUGGACCACAGGGCCUUGGUCUGAGUGCUCAGUUAGCUGUGGGGAAGGUAUUCAGACCCGGACUGUAGCUUGUAGAACAGGGUUGGGCUCCCAGACUCAAGAUGUUGCCUGCCUAACGCAGCCAAAACCUCCUCAGACCCAAAACUGCAUUGAGGAUAAUUGCAUCCAUGAAGUUGGUUGGCAUAUUGGCAACUGGGGACUGUGUUCGAAGAGCUGUGACUCUGGCAUCCGAACCCGCCAAGUCACUUGUGCCGAUAGAGAUUUCAAAUCCUACAACCAAGAGAUAUGCAAAGCCAUCCAGCCACAGAUACCGGAAACAUUUGGAAGCUGCAACCCCCAGCCUUGCCACCAACCACAACAGGUUCCCAGCAUGCAGGACACCACAGGCUAUGAUAUCAACCGCCUGACCUUAAUGACUCGCUACAAUCCUGACCAUGAUGCCACAGUUUCUAGAAAUGAAAGAGUAAUCCAAGAUAGCUCUACUCACCACCACUUCCAGCCCAGUGAAGGUCAUCAUGGCUCCAACUUCUUGCCUCUUCGAUGGGAGUCUUAUUCUUCAGUGUCCCGUCACUUCAACUCCCAUUCAGAUGUUGCGCCCUUGGCUGAGGUUCAUGACUGCAGCCAGAGUCCUCAUGGAUGCUGCUCAGAUGGCCACACUCCAGCAGCUGGCCCCCUUAGGCAAGGCUGCCCGCCUGACAUUUGCCAUCAUAGCAGGUACGGGUGCUGCCCUGAUGGAGUAUCACCUGCUCUAGGGCCAAAUAAAGAAGGGUGUCCACGGUAUUACAGUGAUGUUUAUAUGAACAGAAAUGAACCUCCUGCUCCCUCACCAAGUGCAAGCCGAGUUCUGUCCCAGCAGAGUCUGACCAUGGAGUGCCGAAAUUCUAUGUAUGGUUGUUGCUAUGACAACAUUGCUUCUGCUUCAGGGCCUCUGGGGGAAGGAUGCCUCAACAGACCCAGUCAACCUUAUCCUAUCAACUGUCUGCUGCCCAAUACCCAUGGCCCCUGCACAGAUUGGACAACUCGCUGGUACUUUGUAUAUGAUGUUGGGAAGUGCAACCGAUUCUGGUAUGGAGGUUGCCAUGGUAAUAAGAACAACUUUGCUUCUGAAGAGGAGUGCAUGGGAACUUGCCAUGUAUCUCUGGGAAGAAGUGAUGUAAGGCCCCACCACCAUAUUGCAAUUCCCAACAUCCAGCCUAGUUCACACCUGCAAGAAGGGAAUGCACAGGACUGGCAACAACACUCUGCAAGAGGAGUGAUCGCUCAGAGCCAUACAGAAGGAGCUUUCCACAUUGCAGGAGAUCGCUCAGAAGCAAAGUUAGCUCAGCACCAUACAGAAAGGGGCUGGGGAAGGACCAUGACUAUAGAUGCACCACCAGAGUCUCAGCAAGGAACUGCUGUGCUGGAAAGCCAGCAUCGAGAUUCUCAUCGCUCCGCAGGUUAUGGGGAAAGAGGGAUGGAUCCAGCAAAGCGCCUGCAUGGGUUGGGGGAAGGUAUGAUUUCUGAGAAGCAGUUGACUGUCAAUGGUCAGACAGUUUACCAUGAACGUGAAGAAUGGAGGAGGCCAUCUGGAGCAGAUGAAUCGACAGUGAAUGGAUUUGAACAUCAAACCCCACCAGGCCCUUCAUUACAACAGUCUCUGAACAGGAUCCUCUUGGAAGGAUCAGGACCUUCCACUGUGGAGGCAGGCCUGGGACAAAGCAUUCGCCUUCUCUGCAAGGCAGGCAAUUCCCCUUUCUCCAGAGUCGAGUGGCAGAAGGAUGGGCAGCCAGUGCCAUCAGACAGGCAUACUUACCAGUCUGACAGUUCUUUGGUGAUCAGCCAGCUCAGAGCUGAGGAUGCUGGGACUUACAUGUGUAUAAUUUCCAAUGGGAGGACAGAACGGAGACAGAUCCAGCUAAGCAUCAAAGGUAUCUAUGGACCUCCAGUUGCACAUGGAACAAGGCAUCAGCUUACUCAUGGACAAAAUCAUCAACAUGGAGCAUUAGGUUUAGAAGUUAGUACUGGACAUUCGCAUGUCUCCACUGAGCAUCCUCAUUCCAUGUACAGGCUAAAAAUGUACAAGAAUGAGCCCUCAGUAGUUGAUGCCAACAUUGGGGAACGCGUCAGAUUGCCUUGCCGAGCUGAAGCUACACCUUCUCUAACAAUUGAGUGGUGGAAGGAUGGACAGCCCAUCUCAUCAUCCAGGCACAGGCAGCAGGCUGACGGUGCCUUGGUGAUCAGUCGCCUGAGUGCUGAAGAUGCUGGCUUCUUUACCUGCAUUGCUUCCAAUGGCCGUAACCAGGAUCAGAGAAGAAUCCAGAUCAGACCUCAAGGAGAGCUGAGAAUAACUGGUGUGCUACCCAGUCUCUCUGUGUCCGAGGGAGAAAACACCCAGCUUCAAUGUGUGGUGACAGGCAACAAUGUCAACAUCAGAUGGUCAAGGAAUGGGGUUCCAGUAAGCACUGAUGGCCAUCAUGUCCGUAUGUCCCACGAUGGAAGUCUGCAUAUAAACAGUGUGCAGAUAAGUGACGAAGGGUCCUACACCUGCAAUGCCUACAGUGGUAGUAAUUCUGUUAGUGCCAGCACAGAAGUGAGAGUGAUCAGGAAGCGGCCAGAAGAACCUGCACCCCUCCCUGUGGACCCAAACAGGGAAUGUGUUGACCAACCCCAUCUUGCCAACUGUGAGCUGAUAUUACAGGCACAGCUCUGCAAUAAUGAGUAUUACUCCAGCUUCUGCUGUGCUAGCUGUUCUCGUUAUCAACCCAGGUAUCCACCUCGCCAAAGUCGCUGACCCCUCCCGUCCCAAAGAGAGACAACACCUGCAGCAGUGACUUAAAGAGGUGAUCUCAAAUAUGUUUUCUCAAACACACAAUAGGAAGCCAGCAUGAGCUGCUAUAGCAGAACAGUUGGCAAUAACUGAAUUUUCACCUCUCCAAGCUUUUUGCAUCUAGUACAUCCAGUUCUUUCUGACUGCUGGCUGAUCUGCUCAUCAGUUGAGACGAACAGCCUGGGAUUGUUUCCCCAAAGAUGAUGAACAAGCAACAUGGACAAGAGUCAAGAGCAAGCAAGAAAGAUGCUUUUAAGACCAAAGCUAUGAAAGCAUUUGAACAAACAUCAGCCACUACUCAACUUUAAUGAAAACUACUGAGCCAAAUCCUUUACGGAAGGAGAAACAAGUGACCACAUUUCUGAGGAAACUUGGCAGCUGAUCUAGACUUUCUAUGUUCAUUUCAAUUAUUCUACAUUUCCUAUUCCAUGCUUUUCAGCUUUCAAAAGAUACAAGCAGAUAAAGUGGAUUUGCUUCAUAGCAGCUACCCAGAACUAUGGAUGAAAGGAUUUUGGCACCAUGCAAACAUCACUGAACUCACUGGAGCUUCAGGAGAUUUGGAUGCUGGUGAAAAGAAACAAACUCCAUGAAAGGUGCUCUGGGUACUAAACCAGAUUUCUUUAAAGCAAGCACAUCACCAAAAGAAAAUAGGGCUUGUUUUGCAUAUUCUAGGAUUCUUCUUGUGUGGAAGUAGCUUCAUGUGGGGCUUUUAGAAUGCUGACUUUUGAAAAUCUUGACUGAUCAAAGUUUGCCUCUGCAUAUUUAUCCUCAGGUUCUUCAGAGUCAGCACUGAGCUUCUAAAGUUAAUAUGUAGCAACUAAAGAAAGUACAGGCUGGUUUUAAGCAGGGUCAAGAUGCAUGCACUCUAUUCUCAAAGGCCCCUCUCCUUUGAUUUACUAUACAUUGAAACAGCUGAGAAUGGUUCAAACUCCAGAAGAGCUGAAGAAAACUUACAGUCCCUCUAACAUUAGGCAACUAAUUUUGUUGCUGAGUCAAACAUUUCAGUGUGAACCAGAAAAUAAAUCUGUUUUCUGAGUGAAAAUAAGGCGAAAGCAGCAGCUCAUUUUACCCAUUAAAUAUAGUGCCUUAUAAACCUUGUGCUUUGUAAGUAAUUUUCCUUUCCUCAGCAAAGCCCCAUGUGUGUGUGUGUAUAAUUUUUCUGCCUAGGAUUGCUGCCACAGGUUCUAUUAAUCAGGUCCUAGUUAACCACUGGGGAAUCUUUCUCUACUCCAGAGCCCCUUAAACUUUAGUAUGGUCUUUAAACCCAGGCAGUGGUCUAUAACACAACAUUCUAAUAGGUGUGUCAGGUUACAAGGCAAUUCUGUAUUCCAAUGCCAUGGGGAGAAGGGGAAAAGGAGGUCUUACUAGGUUUUUGCAUGCUUCAAACCACUCAAUGGCUUCUGAAAAAGACCUUUUAAGCUGGAAACAUGCAAGAGCCAUCAGAUGAGAGAGGAUAUUUAAUGCUCCAGCUCCUAACCCAAGAGGCAGUCAUCAUAAGUAGCACGCAAAUGAAUCAUUUUCUUUUUCUUUGCAAGACAACUGAUUUUUAAAAGCAUGGGAUAAACAAAGUAUUUUCCAGUUCACUUUGUCAGGAAAAUGCCACCACUUUCCUGUUUUCAUCCCUGCUCCCUGUAUCUCACAUUCCUAGAGUAAUUAAGAGAUGGCAUAGCACAAAGGCAAAAGGAUCAAGCUAUGAAUCAGAAAGUCCCAGGUCAGAAUCUUGUGCCUGCCCUGAUGAAACUUACUAGGUGAUCUUAGACAAGCUAUUCUCUCUCAGGCACACACACCCAUUGGAAACAUAGGGAUAUACUCAUCUACUUACGAAGUUGUUGUGUGCACAGGAAUGCCUGUGAAUCACUUUGAACACUUAAAUGCUGUACAAAUCAUAUUAAUCAUUCACCAACUGCAAUAAUAAACAUGUAGUAAGUUGCUUAAUAUCACCGUCAAAAGUUCAAUUACCGCAUUAGUUUGUAGUGGCAUUCUCUUUUCAGACAUUCAUGUAUCUAAAAUUUUUGGUGUGGAAAAUAUUUAUAUACAGCUACUUACAAAACUGAAGUGUAAUGUAACCCUUCCCAGAUUCUAAGUAUACCAAGGACUAGCUUGUAUUUGACACCCUCCCUCCAUCUAUACUAUCUUCUUACUCAAGGGAGCAGUUUGAAGGAGCAUGCAUGUAAAUAAAGAGAUUUCAGGUAUGUUGGAAAGAGAAAUGGCUUCCAUAGUUGAUCUGUCUGCCAUACUAUACAAAAAAUGCUUCAGGGAGAUGUGGCCUUGUAUUAAAAAUAAGUAUUUGGGGUUGCUACAUUAGAUGUCAAAAAGACUGCAGUUAGCCAUACUUGAAGUUACACACCAAGAAGUCAUUGCAGCUAAGCUAUGCUACACUUGGAUUUUUAAGCACUGCUUAAGGCAAGAAUGAUUAAGAUUUUUCUAGUAUAAGUAUCAAGAUUAUGAAUAGUUAUCUACUGGCCAAAAAACCCAACUGAAAUAAUUUGUAUCCAACAGUUGCUCAUUGCAUCUUCUGGUUAUUCAAAUGCAUUUAUGUCACAUUAAGAGGAACAUUUUGUCAAUAUCUCCCAUGAAAAGGAAAACCAUACCUAGAAUACACAACAUUCACCUCAGCAAUAAUGUUUCUGACAAUAGGAGAUCUCUGUGUGUUCACUGUUGGUAGUAAGCAUGCAAACCUGUGUACAGACACAUAUUGCACUUGACACUCACAGUUCUUGCUAUAGUAAUCAAUUUUAAAAAAGCAACCACAUAUUCAGCAUUGCCUUUUCUAGGUCAAACAUAUUCCAGAUA